AUGUUCUGUAGUAGACAGGAGAAAAAAAUCGGUAGCUUUCUAGUUUUGGAAAAUGCGGUGUCUGGCGCUGAUGGCGACACGUACACACGUCCAAUCAUCAUCAUCAUCAUCAUCAUCAUCAUCAUCAUCAUCAUCAUCAUCGCCAUCAUCAUCGACAGCAUGACAUCAGUGUUCAACACCGAUGCUUCGCUACCGUAUAACCAUGAUGUAACUGAAAGCCUUAUUGUGAAGAAAAGAACAAAGGUGGACGGGGAAGGGAAUUGGUGCUGGUUUACUACAGUCAUUCCAAACACUCAUUCAGGCAUUGCACUCCAAAAAUUGAGACAUUCACAAAGGAAGAGAGAACGAGUGCACCAGAUCGCCCCCAAAAUACCUCAGCCUCGUAUUUCAUAUACCAGAUCAGGUAAUUAA